UUUGCAUGUACUUUGAUGGUCGUCCACGUCAGCAUCGUGCUGAGUCACGGCGCACCAGGUUUGACGCGAACCGGGCACUGCGACAAAAGAUCGUGCAAUGCCACUUGCACGAAGAAUUCCGAAACAUGGAACGACCGCGAUGUCUAUGGAAAGUGCGACGAGAGAGGCAGCUGCCGCUGCUACCAUCGUGACAUGUGUCGCCUGGACAAGUGCAAGGGCACGUGUGAAGAAAAGCACGGACAUGAAGACGGCCUACAGUACAAAUGCGCAGAAGAUUCCUGCAUCUGCACUUGGAACCAGUUGUGCACCCCUACCGGAUGUGAAGCAGCAUGCUACAGGAUCUACAUUGGAAGGCCAAACAUCGAGUGGUGGUGUGAAGACGUCUCGUGCCACUGCAAGUGGCAUGGAGUGCAGCGAAAUGCUAAAGAAGGCCAGCAGACUACAGUCACCACCAGCACCGAGAACUAUGGCGUGAAACGCGAGCAGACAAUCCGCCCAGUGGAGAGAGACUCGUUCUACUUCGAGAAAGAGCUUCAGUACCCGGCUGCCAGAAAGGCCGAGAAGUGACUGGCACAUCACCGGGCUAUCCUUGUUGUACCCACAUUGGUG